AUGGCCAGCACUACCUCCCCAAACACCAGCCAAGCAACGGUGCUGUACCCCAACACUGACGCCAGCACCUUCGAUCUCGAGUACUACCUCAAGACGCACAUGCCACUUGUCGACGAGCAUUGGGGACCGAAAGGGUUGAAGGGCUGGACGAUUACAAAAUAUGUCACCGCAGACGGCAAUGAGCCCAAAUUCUCCAUCGCCGCCGUGCUCACCUGGGAGAGUGAUGCGCAUGCGCUUGAUGCACUGAAGAGUGAGGCAGCAAAGAUUGUGCUUGGCGAUAUUCCAAAGUUUAGUAAUGUCGAGCCGGUGGUUAUGUUGGGGAGUGUUAUUGCGGCGAAGGGGAGUAUGUCGUAG